CUGGCAGUGGCCUCUGCUCCGUCUGCCUACCGCUCUCUUGCUGUGCCCACACUGCUGGCCUCCGGCCCAAGCCGCCUGAUCUGCCCCAGAAGAAUGGCAGCUCUCCGAAUACUGUGGAUGGGGCUGCUUUUCCUGGGGGCCCUGGGGUUCCUGCACACCUCAGCCCAGGACCAGGACUCUGUGCAGCCCAACUUCCAACAGGACAAGUUCCUGGGGCGCUGGUUCGUCGCCGGCCUUGCCUCCAAUUCGAGCUGGUACCGGGAGAAGAAAAAGACGCUGUUUAUGUGCAGGGCGGAGGUAAUCCCUUCUGAGGGCGGCGGCCUCAACGUCACCUCCACCUUACUCAGGAAAAACCAGUGUAAGACCGAGACCUUGCUGCUGGAGCCCGCGCAGAAACCAGGACUGUACACCUACAAUAGUCCCCAUGGGGGCAGUGCCCACAUUGUCUCAGUAGUGGAGACCAACUACGAUCAGUAUGCACUUCUGUACAGCAAGGGCACCAAGGGCCUUGGCCAGGACUUCCACAUGGCUACCCUUUACAGCCGAACCCAGAAUGUAGGGGCUGAGCUAAAGGACAAAUUCUCCACCUUUUGCAAGGCCCGGGGCUUCACAGAGGAUGAAAUUGUUUUCCUGCCCCAGCCUGAUAAGUGCAUUCAAGAAUAGGUGAGAGAGGUCAAGCAAUGGGCUGGCUUCACUGGGUCAGAGGACUCUUCACUGGUGCCAUUUGCUGAGCCAAGGAG